CAACCGCCGUCUUACAUAUUAUUACCUCGUCGAACUGAGAUCGCGGCUCUGCUACCCAUCUCGAUAAUCUCCCUACUCAAAGGAACAUCUCAUCUCAUAGGCAGCAUGGCCUCAUCCGGAUUGACAAUUAUUCAAUGGCUUGUAGACACACGAGGCCUUUGGCUUGAGGCGACCAAAACGACACAGCUCCAGGAUGCCGCACCUCGUGCUCUCGCACUCCUCACACCGGAGGAAAAGGCCGGCGUGCUUAAAUACUACUUCGUUCGAGACGCCAAAAUGGCGCUUGCCUCGCACCUGCUUAAACACUUCGUCAUCAGCAAAUACGCCGGUGUCCCCUGGUCAGAAACCACACUGACGCGCGAUGCAAACAAGAAACCUAUCUACGUGGAUCCCGCCUCGGGGAAACAGCCCAUUCAGUUCAACGUAAGCCACCAGGCCGGCAUCGUGGCCCUCGUCGCCGUUGCUGGAUAUGAUGUGGGGCAGGUCGACGCCGGCGUCGAUGUGGUCUGUGUGAGUGAGCGGCGGGAUCGGGAUCACAAGGUGGUCAAGGAAGAGGGGUGGUCUUGCUUUGUCGAUAUGCAUUCUGAUGUGUUUGGGCGGUCCGAGGCGGGGUACCUGAAGAAUGAUUUACUUACUUCGCAUCCGGGGGUACCUCCCCUCCGCACGGAGGAAGACAUUGUGGGUUUCAAGCUCAGGAGCUUCUACACGCUCUGGUGUCUGAGGGAAGCUUACGUCAAGAUGACGGGCGAGGCCCUCCUGGCGGAGUGGCUGAAGGAUUUGGAGUUCAAACGGUUCAAAGCACCGAAGCCGGCGGCUGUGUUCAAGCAAGGGGGCGGGGACGAGGGGGAGACUAUCACAACGCAUGAGGUUUUGUUCAAAGGGGCGAAGGUCGAUGAUGCUAACAUUUGCCUGCGCUCGCUCGGGCAGGAUUACAUGACUUGCACGGCGGUGCGGACCCCGAAUAAGAAGGAAGAUGGGCUCAGUUGGGAACUUGGCCCUUUUGAGUUUCUUGAUAUUGGGACUAUUUUGGAUCAUGCGGAGGCGAGUGAUGGUCAUGAACUGCAGUGAUACGGGGAGUGGAAGGGAUCUCUUUCAACCAUCAGUCACGUAUUAGUGCUCGGCUCAACUCCGAGCCAAUGCUUAGUGCUAUGGAAUACGCCUGGAUUGAUUUCAACCUGCAGUCCAACGAUGGUUCAACUCAACAAGCUAGUGCCACCAUGUCCAAAUAAUAGAGACCGAUGUCAAUACUGCCGUUGUUCUCCAUGCAAGUUUCAAGCACGUUUCAGGCUCAACCAUUGGAGUC